UCUCCGUUGCAUUCCAAACCCUACCCCGCUCUUUCCUGCGAUGGAGAAGAAGGCCCACUUUCCCCACCGCCGCCGCCGCCGCCGUCCCCACGACCUCCUCCUCCUCGUCGCCGUCGUCAUCCUCUUCUCCACCACGCUCCCGGCGGCGGCCCAGCUCGCCGCCGGGGACGCGGCGGCAGUGCGGACCCUCGCCAGGUCCCUUGAUCCAGCCGGCAAGCUUGGCUGGUCGGACUCCUCCGACCCAUGCACCGCCUGGGACGGCGUCCGUUGCUCCGGCGACCGCGUCGUCGCCAUCCUAGUCAGCAACCGGGACCUCUCCGGCGUCCUCCCACCGGACUUCCGCAACCUCACCGCCCUCACCCGCCUCGAACUCAUGAGCAACCACCUCUCCGGUCCCCUCCCCUCCCUCACCGGCCUCGCCACCCUCGAGACCCUCUUCCUCGCCAACAACAACUUCUCCUCCAUUCCCGGAGACUUCUUCUCCGGCCUUUUCUCCCUGACCAACGUCUACCUCGACGGCAACCCCUUCGCCGGGUGGAACAUUCCGCCGUCCCUCGGCGACGCCUCCGGCCUCGUCAACUUCUCCGCCAACAAUGCCAACCUCACCGGCACCAUACCGGACUUCCUCGGCGCCUUCCCCAGUUUCUACCAUCUCGCCCUCGCGUUCAACUACCUCGAAGGCCCGCUUCCCUCCGCCUUCUCCGGCUCCCCUCUGAGCUCCCUCUGGCUCAACAACCAGAAGGGAAGCCGCCGUCUCUCCGGCAGCAUCGAUGUCGUCCAGAACAUGACCAACCUUCGGGACCUCUACCUGCAAUCUAAUUCCUUCUCUGGUCCGAUACCCGACCUCUCCCGCCUCGAAAAGCUUCGUGAUUUGAAUCUCCGGGAUAACCAGCUAACCGGCCCCGUGCCGAGCUCGUUGACUUCGCUCGGGUCUCUUGCGAACGUUACUUUGACCAACAAUCUGCUGCAGGGGCCGGUGCCCGUGUUCCCGAAGACAGUGAAGAAGGUUGACCUCGACCCACGUACGGAGAGAUUCUGUGUUGACCAAGUCGGCGUUGACUGCGAUCCUCGGGUGAAAGUGUUGCUCUCCAUUGCCAAGUCCUUUGGAUAUCCUAUUUACCUUGCCAACAAUUGGAGAGGGAAUGAUCCAUGCCAAGGUUUUGCAGGGAUUACUUGCGAUCCCAGUGGUAACAUCACCCUCGUCGUGCUGCAGAAGUUGGGUUUGAAUGGUACCAUCUCGCAGGACUUCCAGUUGCUGCCUAAGCUGCAGAAGCUGCUCCUCUCUGGAAACAAUCUCACUGGCACUAUUCCAUCAGAGCUUACUAAUUUGAAGUAUCUCCAGGUGUUGGAUGUGUCUCACAAUGCACUCUGGGGGAAGGUUCCAACAUUUGGUGGAAAUGUUUCGGUGAACACGGAUGGGAAUCCGGAUAUUGGAAAAGAUGGUCCUCCAGGUUUAGAUUCUUCAAAUUCUGGCAAUGCUGAUGAUGGUGGAAGUAAGAAGGCCACAGGAGUCAUUGUGGGCUCUAUUGUUACUGUACUCUGUGGUGCUCUCCUGGCUGGCAUUUUGGGUUUCUGCUAUUGCAAGAGAAAGAAGCAGAGAAAAGUUCAGAGGGCUAACAAUGUAGUCAAAUACCAUCAGGAUUCUGGUUCAGAUAUAAAGAUGAUGAAGGCUACAAUUGAAGGCAGUGCAACCGGUUCAAGUGGCCUCACGAGCAUUGAAUCCGAUAUAGCCGAGCCACGGAGCAUGGUUGUUUCAAUACAAUUACUUCGAGAGGUGACGAAUAACUUCAGUGAGGAUAAUAUCUUGGGCUAUGGAGGGUUUGGAAAAGUUUAUAAGGGGGAGUUCCAUGAUGGUUCCAUGAUCGCAGUGAAGCGAAUGGAUGCUGCGGCGAUGGGUUCAAAGGGUUUGCAUGAUUUUAAGAAAGAGAUUUCAGUCCUGACCAGUGUCCGGCAUCGGCAUUUGGUCUCCCUCCUUGGCUACUGCUUGGAAGAAAAUGAGAGGAUUUUGAUUUAUGAGUACAUGCCUCAAGGUGCACUCAGUCACCAUCUUUUUGAUUGGAUGAAAGUGGGAUUGAAACCGCUUGAAUGGAAAACGAGACUGACCAUUGCAUUGGAUGUAGCACGCGGUGUAGAGUAUCUACACAGUCUAGCUAAUCGAUGUUUCAUACACAGGGAUCUGAAGCCCUCUAACAUUCUGCUUGGAGAUAAUAUGAGAGCUAAGGUUGCUGAUUUUGGAUUAGUUCGACUUGUGCAUGAAGGGAACCAUUCUAUUGAAACAAAACUUGCUGGAACUUUUGGGUACCUUGCACCAGAGUAUGCAGUGCUUGGGCGUCUGACCACCAAAGCUGAUGUUUUUAGCUUUGGCGUGAUACUUAUGGAGCUGAUCACUGGUAGGAAAGCAAUUGAGAGAACCCAGCCAGAGGAAAGCAUGCACUUGGUUACUUGGUUUCGGACGAUGCAUCGCAAUGAGGAGAACUUUCAGAAGGCCAUUGACCCCAAUAUCAUUGUUGAUGAGGAGAUUGUCAAGACCAUAAAGACAGUUGCUGAUUUAUCUUGCCAUUGCACUGUAAGAGAUCCCUACCGGAGGCCUGACAUGGGGUAUGUUGUCAAUGUCCUGUCAUCACUUGCUGGAAUUUGGAAGCCAUCUGAUGGUGAAUUGGAGGAUGGUUAUGGUAUCGACCUUGAAGGUCCAUCGCCACAGGUACUUAAGAAGUGGCUGGAAUAUGCAGACAGCAGCCAAAUGGAUGGCACUGCAUCAUCAUCGUAUAUUCCUAGCACCGGCACCUACCAGAGCAGUAUUCCUAGAAGAUCCCUAGACAUUUCUGAAUCCUUCACUUCAGGAGAUUCAAAAUAGAGUAAAAAUAGAGGAUAUAGUAGAAAAGCUCUUAGUGUGGCAUGUUAAUUCCCUAUUUCCUAGCUAGCCUCUCAAAUACUUCGAGUUUGAAAGUCUGUUUUCUUAUAUUCCUUUACAUAGAUUCUGAUUUAUAUAUUUACCUUUUAAUUUUUGCUUCUU